GAAGAGAGAAGAAGAGAAUCACAUUCAAAUCAAAACAACACCCAAGCAAGAUCACUUCUUCUUAAACAUCACAAAGAAAACUCUUUAAAGUGGUUCACCUUCCCUUCAAAGGUCAGAUUAUGAGGAUAGUGGAAACCGAAGCUCACCCUCGGAUCCAACCAGAACCAGAACCAGAACCAACUGAAGAACAUCAAAUCAAGAUGGUCUUACAUCCUUCCACUCGUCGAUUCUCUCGAUACUUUAAUUUAUUGUUUUCUAGAUUAUUUAAUUUCGCUACAAGAAUCUCUCCUUCAUUAUUGAAUGCAAUUGUUGCGGCUACUCAAAGAUUAGAUCUUUCUUUAGAUCCUUCCAAGACUAUUAAUCGACUUAAAUCAUAUCGUUGGCAUUGGAAGAAUGAUGUUCAAUAUCUCAUCAUGAUCAGUGUGGCAGGUUUAAGUUUAUAUAUCUGUGGACUACCUUGGUUCUUCAAACUGUUCAUCAUUCUAGCUUACUCAACGGCUCUUCUAGUACCUCUCACCUCUCAAUUCUUCUUACCAGCUUCUCCGAUCUUCACAUGGGUGAUCAUGUUCUUUUCCAAUAAAUACAUUCCCAUGAGUUUUCGUUCCAGGAUUCAUAUUUGGGUGUCCAUCUUACCUACCUUGGAAUCAGUUCUCUACGGUGCCAAUAUCUCAGAUAUUCUCACGCGUUAUACGAAUCCUUGGUUAGAUGUCAUUGCUUGGUUACCGUAUGGUGUCUUACAUUUCGUUUUACCCUUUGUGACGGCUAUCUUCUUGUUCGUCUUUGGGGGUCCGGGUGCGGUGAAGUUCUUUGGUAAAGCUUUUGGGUAUAUGAAUUUAGCCGGUGUAGCUGUUCAAAUCCUUUUUCCUUGUGCUCCUCCUUGGUACGAAUUAAGUCAUGGAAUCACACCAGCGAAUUAUAAUAUCUUAGGAGAAGCCGGUGGAUUAGCUAGGAUCGAUCAUUUGUUUCAUUCCAAAGGUUAUACCAAUACGUUUCGAAACUCACCGAUCGUCUUUGGUGCCUUUCCUAGUUUACAUGCGGGUUGUGCUACACUUGAAGCUUUGUUCUUGUCACAUUAUUUUCCUAGAUGGAGAGUACUUUAUUGGACUUAUGCUUUUAUUUUGUAUUGGAGUACAAUGUAUUUAACACAUCAUUAUUUAAUUGAUUUAGUGGCAGGUGGAUCGUUUGCGAUUUCAGCUUUUUAUUUAUUCUUAACAGAAGAUCAAAGACAUUUACCUAUGUUGAAUGCAUCUAAUGCAGGAGAAGAAGAAUCGAUUGCCAAAGGAUAUCAUACAGGACUUCGAGGGAUGAUCGGACAUAAAGGAGCCAAUGGAUCUUGGACUAAUCUUAAUCAACAAAUCGAAUCAAGUCAUAGUCAUUCAACUCAAGCUUAUCAAUCUGUAGACAAACGAAACCUAGAUGAUUUAGAAAAUGGUGAGAUGGGAUAUGGUGGAUCGAGGCAUUAUGGACAAGGAAGAUUUGAAGAAGGUGAUCUUGGAUCUUAUACUUCUUCGCAUCAUCAUCAUCAUCUUCAAGAUCAAUCCUCGAUCCCAUUAACUUCAGAUUAUAGAUCUCCAGCGAAAUCUACGUUGACGAAUGUUCAAUCGAGAGCCACUAGCCCGGUUCCUGGUUCCAAACCUUGGACCGGAUUGAGUGAAGAUGAUUAUGCGCUUCAUCAUCAUUCGGCUGAUGUUUCUUUAGAUAGUCUGGGAGCUGGCUCGAAUGGUUUAUCGGCUAGUGCUAUUCCUUCGGUGGUUGGAUAUGGGAUGACGGUGGACCCGGUUGCGAGAACGAAAACUCCGAAACUUGAAUGAUUGAUUUGGAGCGGGAAAUCCGAUGGAUUGUAAGAAGAUUAGGAAGCAUGAGUUUGAUUUAAUGGAAAUUGUCAAAAAUUGAGACUUGAAGAUUGGUUUGAUAGAUCAAUGAUGAUUGAUAUUUCAAACAUUCAAAAGAAAUUUAAUGAGUCUUUAUAGUAGUUAGUUUGAAGAAGAAGAAGAAAUGUGGAUCACUUUUUGGUUUAAUCUUAAUGUUUGAUUAUGUUUUUCUUUUUCUUUUUCUUUUUUCGUUUUGAUUGGAUUGGAUUGAUUGAUGAAACACAUCAAGAGCAAAAGAAGAAGCAGAAGAAAAGAUUAUGAUUUAAUUUCUCUUGAGCUCUUGUUGUGAUUUUUUUUUCUAUAGUCAGUUACUCAGAUUAAUGAAUUAGUAAGGUGUUUCUUCCUUCAAAGCCCCAAAAAAACGACAAAAAGCAAUGUGUGGUUUAGGUUUUGUAUCUUUUUUUUUUCUGGUGUGGGAUGUUUUAUUUUUUUGGUUUUACAUAUCUAUCUGAUUCUAUAUAUUCUCUUGCAUUUUUUUUUCUUUUUGAACAAUGGGGUUUUGGAGUUGCUUAUAAAGGGAAAGAAGAAGGGGUUUUUAUUAUGAUUUGUUUUUUUUCGCUUAUUGAAUUUGAAUGAACAUUUUUUUGUGGGGGGUGAUGCAACGUUUUAUAAGGUUACAAAAUUGAAACUACAUAGGGGUUUUAUG